GGAAACUGGACGCACGAUGAGUGGCAACUGGCAAGCGGACCAGGACGAACACUACCGGCCGCCCGAGCGUCUCCCGCACUUGGCCCGCGAAAAGUUUUCGGGUUUGGUGCCGCUAGUGCCACUUGUUUAGUCGGCCAUCCCUUUCAAAUCCUGUCUCUUUUCUCUCCCUCCGUCAUUUUUCUUUCCUCUUCAAUUGCUUCGUGCUGUCGCAUCCCCACACUCUCCUCUCCUUCUCCCCUCUUUCUUGUCCAUCGUUUCUUCCUGUUUGUUUUGCUUGAAUACAAUAUAGAAAUUGUAUCAUAAUAAUGUCUGCCAACGCCCCCGCUCCCGUCCAGCAGGUCGCCGAGAAGGUCGCCCCUGCUCCCCAGAAGAUGAGCGGCCUUCAGCUCUACUCCGGCUUCGCCUUCGCUGGUGCCGUCUGCUGCUCCGUCACUCACGGUGCUCUGACCCCUGUCGAUGUCGUCAAGACCCGCAUUCAGCUUGACCCUGCCACCUACAACCGUGGCAUGAUCGGCGGCUUCAAGCAGGUCGUCGCUAAAGAGGGUGCUGGCGCUCUCCUCACUGGCUUCGGUCCCACCGCUGCCGGUUACUUCCUGCAGGGUGCCUUCAAGUUCGGUGGUUACGAGUUCUUCAAGCAGCAGUGGAUCAACCAGCUCGGCCUGGAGACCGCCUCCAACAACCGCACCGCUGUCUACCUCGCCUCGUCUGCCACUGCUGAGUUCUUCGCCGAUAUCGCCCUGUGCCCCCUGGAGGCCACCCGUAUCCGUCUCGUCUCCCAGCCCGAGUUCGCCAGCGGUCUCGUCAGCGGCUUCGGCAAGAUCCUCAAGAACGAGGGUAUCGGCGCUUUCUACUCUGGCUUCGGUCCCAUGCUCUUCAAGCAGGUCCCUUACACCAUGGCCAAGUUCGUCGUCUUCGAGAAGGUUGCCGAGAGCAUCUACCGCACCGUCGACAAGGAGACCGCCUCCGACGGCACCAAGACCGGUAUCAACCUGGGCUCCGGUCUCAUCGCCGGUUUCGCCGCCGCUCUCGUUUCUCAGCCCGCUGACACCAUGCUGAGCAAGAUCAACAAGACCAAGGGCGCCCCUGGUGAGGGUACCAUGACCCGUCUGUUCAAGAUCGGCAAGGAGCUUGGCUUCCGUGGCUCGUACGCCGGUAUCGGUGCCCGUCUGUUCAUGGUUGGUAGCAUCACUGCUGGCCAGUUCGCUAUCUACGGUGACAUCAAGCGUCUCCUGGGCGUCACCGGUGGCGUUGAGAUCUCCAAAUAGAUGGACAACAGGUGAAGACAUUGGUGUAUUAUACAUAUUCCUAGAUUUUUUCCAAAAUAUUUGUUUGCGAUAGACUUUUGGUCAUGACAUGGUCCCUCUGUAUUUGUUCUCGGCGAUCAAGUAGCCCGUAUACAGCGACAACAUCAGUUCCGAUCUGCUGUUAUGUAUAAAGCUGAAAAAUCGCCCACGAAUUACACAAGCACGUGAUGCACCUGGGUCAUCGGGGAACCACCUCUGACAAAGUAUGAUUCAAUGUUGCUCCAAUGAGGGCUGCGUCAAGCUUUUUCAUCAAGGCGUGUAGAAUGUAGAAGCUCGAUGAUUGAGUCCUGUCAUGGUGGUGGUGAUACGGCGAGGGCGACUGUUUCCUGGUUCCUGCAUGGCCGCAG